AUUUGAACAGGAGACGAAAUGAAUAUAACGAUACAUGAGCCAUCCUAAGCUAGAUUACCUUCGACAAUUUGUGAAACCCAAUGACCCAAAGGAGGAAUAUAAGAUACUCGCUCCAAUCGGUAGUGGGACUUACGGAGAUGUCUUCAAGGCGGUUCAUCGUGAGAGGCGGACAUUGGUGGCGGUUAAAGUUAUGAAGAUUGAUCUAAAGGAUGACAUUCGAUCAAUUUGCCAAGAAAUACACACCUUGAGAGAAUGUCGGCAUCCAAAUAUUGUGCAGUUUUACGGUAGUUAUCUUAGGAAUAACAAAUUAUGGAUAUGCAUGGAAUAUUGCGGUGGACAAUCUAUGCAAGAUAUUUAUCUCUAUACCAGGCGUCCCUUAGAAGAAGACUGCAUUGCAUUUGUCUCCAGAGAAACUUUACAAGGUUUGAAUUUUAUGCACAAUCGUGGACGUAUUCAUAGAGAUAUUAAAGGUGCUAAUAUUCUUCUGACAGAUGACGGUCAUGUGAAAGUGGCGGAUUUUGGUGUUGCCGCCCAACUGAAUACUUCAAUUGCCAAACGAACAACUUUAAUUGGAACACCCUACUGGAUGGCGCCUGAGGUAGCUUCAAUUGAAUCUCGUGGCUCGGGUUAUGAUGGAAAGUGUGAUAUUUGGGGUGUUGGGAUUACUGCUAUUGAAUAUGCUGAACUGCAACCUCCAAUGUUUGAUCUAGACCCUAGGAAAGCACUACAAAUUCUGGGUUCGCGAAACUACAAGCCCCCUUCUUUACAAGACCGUCAUAAAUGGUCACCAUUAUUUCAUUCGUUUAUUAAAUGUUGUUUAAUCAAAGCAGAACGACGAAGACCUGAUGCAGCUACAAUGCUUACACAUAACUUUGUUACAAAUCCACACUUGUCUACUUUAUUAACUCAACGUCUGCUGUGCUAUCGGAGACAAUUAGAAUCCUCAGUCAAAAAUACUUAUUCCCAUGGAGACACAGGAAUAUCUUCAUCAAAUAAAAAGAAUCCUCCACCCGGGGGUAAUUUUAUUCCUCCUGAUAAUCAUGAACCACCAGUAUCCUUUCCUGGUAUGCCUAUUUCAGUUCGACAGGAAGAAUAUUUCAAAUCUCUUCGAGUCAACGAUCUCCCAGUUAGUCACGGAAAUGAUGCUAGUGUUCCUGUGCAUUUUGUCCCAUCACAACAACUCAUUAUUGAACGAGAACCGGAACGAUUCCCAAGUGUACAAAUCCAAAGCAGUUUAUCUUGCUCUGAUUUAGCCGAUGAUCAUACAAAGAAUUGUAAUGAGAUUGCAGAAUCUACAGAUGUGAACUACAUUUCACAAGGAAGAGAAAUCACUAUAAAUAAUAAUGAUAAUUUGACUAAAAAAAAUUAUGCACCUGAUAUAACAGUUACAGUUAAUGGAUUUGUAAAACAUUCACAAUCUGACUCAUCAUCUCAGUAUAAUAAUACACAACAACAGGCUGUGAUUCGACCUUUAUUACCAGUGAAAUCCUCUAGACACUCUUCAGUGCUUAAUAAUGAUAGUAAUCAUUCUGUAGAUUCAACAAAUUCAUUCAAUCAAAAUAAUAAUAUAGCUACUCUUAUCUCUAUUGGUUCUACUGAUAACAACAGUAAUAUUAAUAGUAAUAGCGAUAAAUCAUCAGCUAUAACUAUUACCACUAAUAAUAAUGAUAAGCAAAAACCUAGUCGGCCUUGUCCGCCCAUAGUACGACUUAAUCCGUCACAUGUAUCAAAUAUAAACAGUGUUGGUGAAAUAUCUGAAGAAACUGAUUGUUUAACAGAAAAUCAUUUAUUUGCUGAUCGUUUAUUACAUAUCAGUUCAGAGGAUUUGCUUAGUGAGGUAAUGGAUGCAUUUGAAAAACGUCGUAGUGGUGUUGAUUUUCGUGCAUCUCAAUCCAUUGAUGGUUUCGAUGUUAGUCGGAUAGAUAAUAAGAUCAAAUUGAAUAAUGAAUCACAAAAUGAUACUUCAAUAAUACAACCGAACAUUCCUCUAGCGCCACGCUCACGUUCGAAACGACGCGCUCCUCCACCACCACCAUUACAGCCAUCUUCUACAGCAUUGAACGUUAUUACAACGAAUAACACUACUUCUACUACUAAUAAUAAAAAUAAUAUGUGUUCAUCAUUAGAUCAAAUAAUAAAUUUGUCUACUUUGGAUAUUGGCAGUAAUAUUUCAAAAACCGACAAGUUAUACAUCAAUGGUAUCUCUGCUCCAUCACAUGAAAAUCAUGUUAAAGAGACAUCAAAUGAUAUAACAUUAAAUUAUAAUAUUAAAAUAAUUCGAGAGGAUUCUAUGAGCAAUAAUGAAAAUGGUAAUGAUGAUAAUGGUAAUGAGACUGGAAAAUACAAUAGUUCUGUUAGUAUAAAUCAUAAUGGUCAAUUAUCCUCUUCUAUAAAUGAUAAUGAUAAAACAUUAACACCAGCUCCACCCAGACCUCCACCGCCUAAAUUAAAUAAUAAUCAUACUGGUGUAACUUCUUUGCCAACACCUCUUCGAAAUAGUAAACAAAAUGAUGACUCAUCAAAGCAUAUUUCACGUCAACAUCAAUUAGAAAUGGGUAUUGGUCUUCCUCCUACUCCAAAAGUUCAUAUGGGUGCUUGUUUUAUGCAAAUAUUUGAAGGUUGUCCAUUGAAAGUGAACUCAACUGCUACAUGGGUAAAUCCAGAAACUUUAAGUCAAAUUAUUCUGUUUGGCACGAACGAUGGUAUUUAUUAUCUUGAUUUAGUCAAUUUAGCUGAUGGUACAUUAGAGUUGCUUGUUCCAAGACGAUGUCUUUGGUUAUUUGUAUUCAAAGAUACCAUGAUGUCAAUAUCAGGUCAACAUCCUCAAUUAUUUAGUCAUAAUUUAAUUUCAUUGAUGAAAAGUCGAACAUCACAAACACGAUUUCUUCAUAAGCGUUUUCAACCAACUGUCAAAGUUCCAGACACACGGGGUUGUUACAUUGCAACUGUAGUACGUAAUCAAUUCAAAGGGAUGAAAUAUUUAUGUGGUGCUAUUGAUAAAAGUAUCCUUGUUAUGGAAUGGUAUAAUCCAAGGAAUACGUUUAUUGAAGUGAAACGUGUUGAAGUACCAUGUAUGCCUAAUCCAUUGCUUAAUUUCGAUUUAAUAAUUAAUCCAAAUCAAACUUUGCCUACAGUAUGCUUAGGUGUAUCAUCUACCCCAGAUCCACUUGUCUAUAAAUUGCAUCUUGUAAAUUUAAAUGAAAAUUCAAAUUCAUCAUGGUAUACAAAUCCUUGCCGAUUUGAAGAUCAGUUGCAAGUGAUUAAAGUUGUACAGCUUGAUACACGUUCGUUGUUAAUUUGUUUUCCCACACACGCCACAAUGGUGAAUAUGAAUGGACGUGUACUAGUUAGUAGAGAUGGGCGAAUAGCCAAAUUCCCAUUCGAUACAACAGUUGACUCUAUUGAAGUUUUCUGGUCAAUUUCUCUCGUCCUAAAGAACUGAUCCGGGAAGUCUAAGUAUCCAUGCAUGAAAUAGACUAGUUGUUAAAGACUUCAUGGAUUUGUAUCAUGUCUUGAUUUCGUCAUCGACAGCAAUUUUCCAAAUUAAACUCACUUUAGCUAACAUCAUAUUUCGGUUUACAUAAUGUGACAUUUGUACCACGUAACGUAUCCACUCCCACCACUGUGGGUUCAGAAAAUCUAUUAAGUAUGACAACACAGAAUGGAUAGUGCCGUUGUUUGAAAGAUUGAAAUAACCUGUCAGACACUAAACUCAUUAAGAGGUGAAUCUUUUUGAAAACGCGUUAUGAGUAUGUUCUUAUUUUCAGUUACAUAACUGAUUGAAUUUGUUAUAUAAAGCUAAUGUAGUCUCUAUUUAAGAUAUUAUUAAAACAUACUUCCUAGAGCUCUCCUUAUAGUUAAUGUUUUGAAUAACCUACAACUUUGCAUUGAUAUAGUUCAACAAAUGAAUUAUUUAUUUAGCUCAAAUCCGUCGACAAAAGUAGACAACUAUCACUUUGAAGUGUACUUUCCACUUCAAAUAUAUUCUAUUAUAUUUAAAACCAUAUGUUUAUGACAUUAAAUAACAGAAUAUUGACAAUCGGUACCUCAAAGCUUAACGGCGUUACAAUUGAUGAACUCACAAACGUUUGCUGGUGCAUCUUGUGCUCUAAGCGUAAUCUGUUUUUAUUUUAUAAUUUUGAUGAGUUUGUACAUUUUAGUGUCAAAUCAAACACUCCAAUCUAUUCCCAUCCAUAGUUAAGAUAUUUUGACUCGUAUUUCCCCUUACUAAAAAUUAAUAAUUAACAUCAUUUACAAAUUAUACUCAAUGUUAUUUUACGCUCUAUUUAUCUUGCUCUAGUUUGUUAUAGACAACUGAACAUUCUUGUUUCAUUGUAAUAUUUAAUUAUUGAUUAUGAACUGUUAAAUAUUCUGAAGGCACUUUUUCACUUAAUCCAUUGGUAUAUUUAAAUUUAUCAUCAUAUCUUGUUUUGUAAUGUGAUCGUAACAGUUUACAAAUUUGUUUAUGAUUUCACAGAAUUAUCCUCAAUUAAGUUGGAUGGGUUAUUAAGAGACUAGUUCAAAUCGAAGAUAGUUUUUUAUUUGUGUCAUGAAUUGAUAUUAACUGGAAAAUGAUUGUAAUCAAAUUGUUCAGUGCUCUUAGUAGUAUACAACAUUUCUUCACUUGAUAUCGGUCCGUGAUGAUAACUAAAUUCAACUAAAUAGAUAAUUAUUAAAAACACUGAAUUAAUUCAUAAUUGCAGGCUUAGUUGUAAUAGGCUUUCAAAUGGAUUUUUCUAAAGUUUAAUUAAAAGUCAUAAUUAACAGUAAUUUUAAGAAUGAGGCUUUAACUCAUCAAGGACAUCAGAAGAGUAUUAUGCUAUGAUUGAAGUUAUUAAUAUGAACUAUUCAAUUCCUAAUUAUUGGUCUAGAUAUACUGUGUACCCAACACUACCUGGAAAUGCCCACUUAUAUCUUUCACGUCAGGUUCACAGUGUGCACUAUUAAUUAGCUCGUCCUAAAUUAGAAUGAUACAGUUAGUUGACCAGCAUUUCCUAGUAGCAGUAGAUGAUGCUCCAUGUGAUAUUAAUUAUUUAUCAAAAUUACCCCAUAAAAUCCCUACAAAACCACUUCAUAAUUAUUAUGAUAAUGAAUUCAGGUUUUCUGUUACUCUGUUUUUUUUUUAUAGAAUCUUGUAAUGAUGAUUCGUAAACAUAUCAUUUAAUUCAAUUGUAUAUACAUUUAGACAGUAACAUUUCUGUUUAGUAUUUUUGUUGUUAAUCGACGGAGUAAUUCUUGUUCCAUACAUAAAAUUUAGUCUUUUUAUUCUUGAAAAUAUCUACAGUCACUGUUUCACAUUCAACAAAAUUAGAGGUUUGAACAAAAUGAAAUUAGUAUUUUCAACUUGAAUUAGAUGUUUACUAAAUAGUUUUAGUUGUUAAAAGAAAAGGGAUAUGUUAAAAGUAUCCUAGUUCCUACUUUUGUUAAGAACUGAUUUCCCUUUAAGAAAACAAAUUAUGUGUGAAUAAAAGACUCAUUUUAUGUGAUUCUCCAAGUUUUAUUUCAAACGCAUAUUUAUUUCAUUUUGUUUAAUAGUUCGAUUGCACGACAGUGUACUCGCUUUUCAUACACAUGGUUUGAGGGGUAUCGAUUUCUUCGGUAGGGUUACACAAGAUAUUGAUGACGAUAAACAUGUAUAUCGACUAUUAGGAAGUGACCGGAACAUCGUUGUUGAGAGUAGGCCAAGUGAUAAUCCAAUGUCUAAUUCAAACCUCCUUAUUUUGGUUGGACAUGAAGACUCAUCCUGAUUCAUAAUUAUUAGUUUUAUUAUCAUUUCGAGGCAAAAUACGAAUUGUUUGCAUACCUGAAAACUGUUCAAAUAACUCAUUUAUUCUAUCCUCAAUUGAUCACAACAAAAGUAUUGAAUAUAUUAUUUCAUCGAGUUGGAAAUUCCUAUUCUAUUCGUUUUUGUAAUUGACGAUUUAUGAUAUUAUCUUUGUUAUGAAUUCAGAAAACAAUACAUACUCUAUUUCUGUAUGUCUGAAGGAUGGCAAAAGUGUCUUCUGUAACGAACUGUGAACAUUGUUUACUACUUGGUUUUACCAUCAUAUUUUUUUGUUGAAACCUAAUUUAUUUCUUUACCUUUUCAUUUCUUUUUUUAAUAGAAAAUAUUUCUCUUGUUACCUAUUUCUCUGGUCAAUCAUUAUUUUAUGAAAUUUGUACAGUCUUAGUUUUAUUUGUUCAUUUCUGGUCGACAUUAUGCUCGCCCAUGAUCGGAUUUAUCUAACUAAUACGUAUGUUUUCGGAAGCUAAUAACGAAUAUUGUUUCUGCAACUAAUUCUAACUUUCUUGUAAUAUCAUUUUUGAACAGUUCUGAUGACAAGACUUCCACUGACUAAUCCAUUUAUGGUUCAACUAUUAUACCGUAUCGAGUAACCUAGAAUACUAAUCGAUACUUCUUCAGUCGCCUCUGAUAACUACUUGAACGUGAAGCCUAAAUAACCUGUGAUAUGUGCAUUUUUUUCUUCUCUAGGCACUUGAUUCUAAAUCCGUGUGUUACAUAGAACCGAACAUCGUUUUACACAUCAAAGCAUAAUAUCCACAUGAUAUUAGCAACAUUUAUGUAAUAGAUUCAUUUCAUAGAUUAGUAUAUGAACACUUAUUUUCGUU